AUGCUAGGAAUCGAAUUUGAAAAGAAGGCAGGAUAUGGUUUGCAUCUGAACGGUUUCGAUGGGAGUGAUCUCAACCAUAAAGGAGAAGCUCUAUACCGUGAUUUCUGGAUGGUACAUAUUGUACCAAGUGAUAAUGACAAACUUGUACUAGAAACUGUUGAUCCCACCACGGAUCCUUUCUUGACUACGCCAACUAAAAUAGAAGCACGAAAUGCUCAAUCCCUAACUUUUGAAUUUUCUUCGAUCAGUGCAUCUUUGUCGCAAGAAAAGGCUAAACACUUUUACAGACCUGCUUUCGUCUUGUCUGUUAACAAUAGCAGGAAUUACGUAUCCUGGAUAUGGAAUUUGAAAACUGCAGGUUUCGAAGGUGAUGAAUAUAGAAGUCCUAAGGACAUUUUUAUACGUAACUACCGUCAGAUUCGGGCAUGGAAAACAAAGCAACUGUAUGAUCAAGCAAAAUAUAGCGCACCUUUACCUACAAAAGUUCUGUGGUCAGCACCUCCUCAAUUCAAGGAUACAGUCUCAUUCGAAAUUGUUAUCGAGCAGAGAUUUUGUAGCAUCUUCAAGCCUCCCACCACGUUGUUGCCAUCUCGUGGAUUGGUCACAGUUGUAGAGGCCGUAGUCACCUUAAUGAUGCAAACAGUUAAGCCGACAAAGAAAAAAAAGAUUAUUUCAUGGAAAAAUACUUGGUUUUGGAUACUCGGAUUACUGGAAUUGUUUUUGUUUUGA